GAACAAACUCGACCCAUCGAAACGUUAAAGUGAUUGAAAAUAAAACAAAGGGAAUAAAUACAACAACGGGGACGCAUCGAUCUAACUAAGGUUACUCGCCUUUUAUUUAAAUGUUAAUCUUUUCCAACCUCCUGUUGGGAGGAUUUACACAUGCGCAGUGUGCCGCAGAUGCCAAUUUGUUGGCGCCAGCGCCAACUGGAAACAAGUUUAAUCUGGGCUCGGAACCAGAGAGGACAAAAGCAGUUACAACCAUGUCUAGACAAAGUGGUCGCCUGCUGAAAAGAUCUGAAAAUGCUGCAGGUCCGAAAGGCAAAGUAACUAAGCAAAUUAACCGAAAAAAGGUUCAGCCCCUGUCAAAGCUGCAGUGUGAGCAGAACCAGCUGAUACUUGACGGAGCUGCCAAGCCUUGUAUUCUCGAGACUUCUGAGAAGGGAGUCGGGGUCGACUGUGAUGCAGUUCUCACAUCCCCAUCUUCCUUGAUUCGGCCGUCACCUUUGCCUCAUCUUGGAUGGGGAUCUCCUGAAGAUGUGUGGUUGAAGAUGGUCGGCAGGGAGCAGAAUUACAGACACAGCAAGAGCUUCAUGCUGAAACACCCGACAAUACAACCCAGAAUGAGAUCCAUUCUCCUCGACUGGUUAAUUGAGGUGAGUGAGGCCUAUACACUUCACCGGCAGACGUUCUAUUUGGCUCAGGACUACUUCGACCGGUUCAUGUUAACGCAGAACAACAUUGAAAAGGGCAUGCUGCAGCUCAUUGGGAUAACUUGUCUUUUUAUAGCAGCAAAGAUGGAGGAAGCAUUUCCUCCAAAGCUGUCACAGAUGGCUUAUAUGACUGCGGGAACCUACUAUGAAGAAGAGAUCAUUCAAAUGGAGAUAAUAAUUUUGAAGGCAUUACAUUGGCACCUUUGUCCUGAAACCGCCGUGUCUUGGCUGAAGCUUUACUUCCAGAUGGCAUCAAUGAACAGCGAGUCUGACCUGCUGCAGCCACAGUUUCCGCAGGAGGCUUACGUACAAAUGGCACUUCUUUUAGACCUGUGUAUCCUCAACAUAAACUCUCUGGACUUUGAGUAUCGAGUGUUAGCUGCCUCAGUCCUGAGCCAUUUCAUUGGACCUGAAACAGCUGAAAAGGUUUCAGGUCUUUCUAACGACAUCAUCCAGCUGUGUGUGAACUGGAUGGCCCCCUUUGUGGAGUCGGUGGGCUGGUUUGGCAGAGCGACGCUGAGGAAUUUUGUCGGGAUAAAGAGAGAAGACAGACACAACAUCCAGACGCACACAGACUAUCUGACCAUGCUGGAGGACGUCAGUCAAAAGGAGGUGAACAGACAGUUCCUCACUCCUCCCAACAGCACAGAGAAAACCUGCACACGUUGAACCACAAGAGGAAGACUCUGAGGUCAAUGUGAACAAAGACACCGGGUUUAGGUUGAGUCUUGUUUACUGGAAUCGGCUCCUAACCGGGGGAAGAGACUGUUAACUGGAAUACAGAGUUUGUACAGAGUGGGAUUUUAUGUCAUGUCUGCUGAUGUGAAAUUGUCACUGAAUGCAAUAUCCAGAAUAAUAUUUAAGACUUAAAUCUUGGCCAAAGCUCUUUUUUUCAUGAUUUUAGCUGUUUCUAGCAACUGGGUGCUUUAAUUGAGAAAACAUGUUUUUAAAUAGUCAGGUGUCAUUUGUCAAAUGAUCUAUUACUGAAAGUAAUGUGCAAUUGUUUACUUUUGUACCAUAUUAAAUAUGUUCAAAGUCAACAGAA